GCAGGCACGAGAUACCCGGCCGCCUGGAUUCGUAGGCUAACCCCGGCCUCGCUGGGAGACUUCUUAAUAACAAGCGGCUCAUCGUGCUUCGCGGCUUACUACGACAUUGUGAAAUUGGUGGCCAGGCCUAGCGCCUGUGGCUCACGCACACGACUGAACUUAGGUAGGCAUGCGUGUGAGGGUGGGAUGCUAUAAGCCUAGGAGAAGCCCAGCGGCCCCGGAAACCUCCCCGCUGCAUGCUAGCAGGCUGUAACACACGAUGCUCAGGACGACUGCUGCUAUUGCUCGUACGCCGUUCGCGAUGAGGCGGCCGUUCUCCUCGAUGGCAACCUUGCCGCGGGAACGACCUCUCUCAUCCGUGUCCACGCCCCUGAGGGCGACCACUAACCUUCUCCGCGGCCAGAUGCUCAUUCGAGGCGCGGCGAACUCUGUCUCAAACAAGCCUGGCUCCCAAACCGUUAGGCAGGCUGCAGUGAACAUCAAGGAGGAGCUUGGGAACUCGGGCGCAGACUUCGCGAAGACUAUCGCAGGCGCAAACUGGUUCCACGACGCUGUGGCAGCCAACCCGAAGCGCGACACAUUCUUGGGCAUCACGAACGCAGUUGCGCACUCUGUGCCGCCCGCGUAUAUCGCCUUUGGUUUAUUCGGCGGUCUUCCGUACCUCGGGACGGGCGCCGCGACCAUCUACAUGGCUCAGCAGGCUGGAACUGCACUGUCAGACUUCACGUCGCGGAUUGACCCUGGAGUCGCCAUCACCAUGCUUGAUCACGCUUUGCACAUUCAGAUGACCUACGGCGCAGUCAUGCUGUCAUUCCUCGGCGCUCUCCACUGCGGAUUCGAGUUCGCGGGGUAUGGCGGGCAGAAGGGCUACCGCCGCCUCUUGCUUGGCGCAUUCCCGGUUGUCUUCGGCUGGUCAACGCUCGAAUUGCAGCCCAUUGAGGCGUUGAUCGCGCAGUGGGUUGGGUUCACCUGGAUGUGGUGGGCGGAUCUGCGAGCCACGAGCGCAGGCUGGACCCCGAGGUGGUACUCCCAGUAUCGCUUCUACUUAACCCUUCUCGCCGGAACAUGCAUCAUUAGCACCCUCGCUGCGACGAGCUACUGGGGUCCCGUGGGCGGCCACGGGCUCGUCAACCAUGACCUGAACAUGAUUCGAGCCCUUCGCAGGAAGCAGGAGCCGGAGAGCGCGGGCUUCGUGGCUGGUGACGUCGAGAGCGUGCUUCACGACGGAGAUGCGUAUGUCCUCGUGAGGAAACGCCGCGCGCCAGAGCCAGAGAACGCGAGUGAGCAAGAAGCCGCCGCGGCGGAGUGAAGCAUUCAAGAGUCGAACAAUCUUCGUGGACAUUUCUUCAUCUGUCAGUGUUACGAUGCUGCUGUAGGAUUACUGUAGCAUUCAUCUGCAUCUGUUCUGGAUUGCAUCCAGUGUGUAUGUAUUGGUACGAUGGGAGAAUAUCAUUCAUGUAUAUAUAUCGACGAAUUUCAAGUUAUGUAACCGCAGUAACUGUCAGUACAUAGACAUCAUGCAGAA